UGUAAUUCAGUAACUCGACAUGGUGUCAGAAGUCCUGUAGUUAAUGUGGAGUGUGAGCCAAGUGGAAAUAUAGUUUGUACGCGUCAAGGGAUAAAGAAGUAAGGACAACAUGAGCGAGGAGGACGGAGCCGCUGCAGCGCCUGCACGGCCACCCAACGCGCCGGUGGUUGCCGUGGGACCGUGCGCUACGUUCAACAUCCAGCCACCGGAGUCCUUUGACUUUUCCAAUCCACAAGAGUGGGACAAAUGGAUCCGGAGAUUCGAAAGAUUUCGCCUGGCAAGUAACCUAAAUGCAAGCUCCGAGGACAAUCAAGUGAACACAUUGAUUUAUUGCAUGGGGGACGAGGCGGAUGAUAUUCUCCGUGGGUUAAAUCUGACGGCCGCUCAAAGACGUACAUACCAGGGAGUGCGCGAGGGAUUACAAGGCUUCUUUGUUGUGAAGAAAAAUGUUAUCUACGAGCGUGCUAAGUUUAACAUGCGCAAGCAGAAAGAAGGGGAGAGUGUGGAUUCGUUUGUCACUGCACUAUAUGCGCUGGCGGAGCAUUGUAGCUACGGGAUGCUACACAAUGAACUGAUCAGAGACAGACUUGUCGUCGGAUUGCAAGACAAGGGGCUGUCUGAACGCAUGCAGUUGGACGCGGAUCUAACCUUGGAUAAAGCCAUAAGAAUGGCACGACAGAGCGAGGAGGUGAAAAGGCAGCAGUCUACUCUCCGAGGGGACACCACCAGAUCAGAGGCAAGUGAUGCAAAGUCUGUUGAUAGAGUGUUCAAGAGCAACUUCAAGUCUGCUAAAAAUAAACCUCAAUAUGCUGAUAGCCCAAAGUACAAGCCACACAGUACUCAGUACAGCAAGGACAAGGGCGCACAGUCAUCGUGUCAAAAUUGUGGCAGCUCUCCAUCCCAUCCAAAAAGUGACUGUCCUGCUAAUGAAGUGAGAUGCCAUGCAUGUGGGAGGAGGGGACAUUACAAGCGUGUGUGCAAGUCCAAAUCAGUGCAUGAAGUUGAAGAGGAUGAGGAGGAAAUCUUCCUCGGCAGUGUCACGGAGGAUGGGGAUCCUUGGAUGGUCAAAAUUGGCAUCCAUGAGAGCAGUGUGACAUUCAAAAUAGACACAGGUGCUGAUGUGACAGUCUUGCCUCACUCAGUGUUCCUAAACACAUGCAGAAAUGAUCCACCUAGUCUCAGAAAGGCAACAAAGCCACUCCUGGGACCAGGAAGAAAUCCCCUCGACGUGGUGGGCGUCGCCAGUUUGCUGCUGAGGAGAGGGGAAAAGUCAGAGAGGGAGGAUGUGUACAUCGCUCGUCAUGUGCAUACUGCCCUGCUGGGAAGAUCUGUGAGCUGUAGGCUGGGGCUUGUAGCACGCCUAGACAGCGUUACUAUGGAGACAUUAAAGGAGCACUACCCAAAAUUAUGCACCGGGCUCGGACAAGUACGGCAGCCAUAUGCCAUCAAGCUGAGUCCAGGGGCGGAACCAUUCUCACUUAAGACACCAAGGAGGAUUCCAUUGCCUUUAAUGGACAAAGUCAAGCAGGAACUGUCCCGCAUGGAACAACUCGGGGUGAUAAGUAGAAUUGAGGAGCCAACAGACUGGUGCGCUGGCAUAGUGGUGGUGCCCAAAAAGACAGGUGCUGUACGUAUAUGUGUCGAUCUCACCAAACUCAACGAGUCAGUGUGUAGGGAAAAGUUCAUCCUGCCAUCAGUGGAGGAAACACUGGGAAUGCUGGCUGGAGCCAAAAUUUUUAGUAAGCUGGAUGCAAACAUGGGGUUUUGGCAAAUUCCUCUAACUGCAGAUUCAUCAAAACUGACAACUUUCAUUACACCCUUCGGGCGCUAUUACUUCAGACGGCUACCGUUUGGCAUAGCAUCCGCCCCCGAACAUUUUCAGAACCGGAUGGUGACGGAGGUCACAGAAGGGCUUGAGGGCGUUGUUUGCCACAUGGACGACGUGCUGGUGUGGGGCCGAACACAAAAGGAGCAUGAUGCUCGCCUGCAUGCCACGCUAGAAAAGAUCCAAAAGGCAGGCAUCACUCUGAAUGUCGAUAAGUGCGAUCUGUCAAAGUCAGAGGUGACCUUUCUAGGCCACGUGCUCUCCACCAGUGGCAUCAGCCCAGACCCAAGCAAAACAGAAGCUGUGAGGAAGAUGCAGGAGCCAACAACUGUGACUGAGUUGAGAAGUUUUCUUGGAAUGAUAAAUCAACUUGGGAAGUUUGUGCCGCAGCUGGCCGAGAGAGACAAGCCUCUGCGAGAUCUCCUGUCGAAAAAGAACUGCUGGGUGUGGGGCGUCGACCAGGCAAGGGCCUUCCAGGAUCUAAAGGAUGCACUCACGUCUACACCAGUGCUAGCCAUGUACGAUCCCAACAGAGAGUGCAAAGUCUCAGCAGACGCGUCAUCGUACGGGUUGGGAGGCGUACUGCUACAAAAGUGGGACGAAGAGUGGAGGCCAGUAGCCUACAUGUCGCGGUCUCUCACGCCAACAGAGCAGAGAUACGCCCAAGUAGAGAAGGAAGCUUUGGGGCUGACCUGGGCCUGUGAGAGGUUCCGCAACUUCCUCAUCGGGAAACAUUUCCAGAUGGAGACGGAUCACAAGCCUCUCCUGAGUCUUCUGGGGUCUCAAGCACUGGAUGCUCUACCUCCACGGAUCCAACGCUUCAGAAUGCGUCUGAUGCGCUAUUCUUAUUCUAUUUCUCAUGUGCCAGGGAAGUUCCUGUGGACAGCUGAUACGCUGUCACGAGCUCCUGUUAAGAGAGAGGAGACAGCAGCGGACAAAGAGCUGUUUGAAGAAACCAACAUCUAUGUGGACAUGGUACUGGAGAACCUACCUGCAAGCGCUGACUACCUGGAGGAGCUGAGAGAGCAGCUGCAGAGAGACAGUGUGUGUGCACAGGUGAUGCAGCUGUGUGCUGAAGGCUGGCCAGCACACGGUUCCAAAGAACCAGCACUCAGGCUGUACAGGGCAGAGCAGGCGUUCCUUACAGUUCAAGAUGGUGUCUUGCUGAAGGGACACAGGCUCGUCAUCCCUUCUACAAUGAGAAAUGAUGUUCUCGCCAAAUUGCAUGAAGGACACCAAGGCGUGGUGAAGUGUAGACAGCGGGCACGGCAGUCAGUAUGGUGGCCCGGGCUGAGCCAGCAGCUGAAUGAAUUGGUUCUCAACUGCCGAACAUGCUGUAAGGAGAGACAGAACCACAGGGAGCCGCUGAUGCCGUCACCAUACCCAGGCCGACCAUGGGAGAAGUUAGGAGCUGAUUUAUUCAUGCUCGGUACCAAGACCUACCUGCUGGUAGUGGACUACAUGUCAAGGUACGUGGAGAUUGCUUUGCUGACCUCCACAAGGUCAAAUGAUGUAAUCCACCACCUAAAAUCGAUAUAUGCACGUCACGGAAUCCCGGAUCUUCUCGUUUCGGAUGGAGGGCCCCAGUUCUCUGGAGCAGGCUUCGCCGAGUUUGCACAUUCUUACGGAUUCCGGCACGUUACCAGUAGCCCAAGAUAUCCUCAAGGUAACGCCGAAGCCGAACGUGCAGUACAGACGGUGAAAGGUCUCCUAAAGAAAGCAGAUGACCCCUAUCUUGCUUUGCUCGCUUACAGGGCUACCCCUCUCGACAAUGGGUAUAGUCCAGCGCAGCUUCUCAUGGGGAGGAGGCUCCGCACAACAGUGCCUAUCCUUCCUGCUUUGCUAAAUCCUGCUCUUCCUGAUAGUGAAGCUGUUAUGCGGAGAGAAGGGGAGAAGAGGACAAAAGAUGCACAACGCUACAACCUGCGGCAUCGUGCAAUGAACCUUGACAGACUGAAUCCGGGACAGGACGUGUGGAUCAAGGACCAAAAGAAAGCCGGAGCUAUCAUCGGACGUCACACCACUCCACGAUCGUAUCUGGUGGAAGGGCCCCAUGGGACCAUCAGACGGAACCGUCGUCAUCUCAUCCCUAUGGGAUCCUUGCCGGAGCAGAGUGGCCAUGGUGCAGCAGAGCCAUUCCUGGGGGGCGUUCCGGAGCAACCUUCAGCAGAACCAUCGCAGCAGUGUGUUCCAGAACCUCCAUCUACUCCUACUCCUAGAACCAGGUCUGGGAGGGCUGUGGUGAGACCAACUAGGUUGGACCUAUAAUUUUGUUUCCUAGAGACAUUACAGAGACUCUAAUGAAAAAAAAGAAUGUUACUGUAUGUGGGAAAAGACAGAAAAGUGUAAUUGGAGCGUUUUGGAUAUGUUUUAUUGUACUGUAAAUGUUCAAGUCAGUUGCAGGGCUUAGGGUGAGGACAGUACAGGAUUAGUAUAGGAUGGAUGUUUGAGUAUUGAUGUUGAAGUGGAUUGUUCUAAGGGUAAAAUAUGUGUGUGUGUUUGAUUGUCUGGUACAGGCUCAUAUAGGAGCAGACCUUCCAACCACGAGGCAAAAUAAUCCUCAAGGUCUGUUGAAUCAAUGGCAGUCUACCCAUUGAUUCUAGAAAGGGGAGAUGUGGUGUGAUUGUAUUAUGGGAGAACUACAGAGUCGACAGGCUAUGACGUCACGGGGUGCGACGGAGC